CUUUGUUUGUUGCCGCUACAUCUCUCGCUCCUGCCCUGCUCUUGCUGCACUGCACCUUCCGCAUCCUCUCUUUGUCUGCAUUGAGCAACGCCAUCGGCUAAUCCUGGGCUGCAAUCGUCCUUAUCUGCACUCGCUAUCAGCAGCAACUCCCGGGGAUCAUUGCCCACGCCCAGAUUUACUUAUCACCCGCCAACAGCCAUCGUCCCCGAACCAGCGUCACUCUCGACCCGUGUGCCUCUGGACCGCGGUAUCUGGCGUGCUGCUGACUCGGAGUGGUAUCUUUCGACCCUCAUUAUUACCACUGCUGGCGCCGAGAAAGGCUUCCUGCGGCAUAUAUCGACAACGCACAGCCUCACGCUAGAUCGCGGUAUUUACUGGCAUUAUUGGGCCCUUCACGGACUGCACUGCGAUCGAUCACGCAAGCCAGUAGUCGAUUCAGUCCGCCUUUCCGGCCUGCAUGCCCAGCGGGACCGAAUAAGCCGACACCGCGAGGCAUUUGUUUCCAGGUCUCAAUGACUACACGACAUCAUGCGCGCCAGCCCUCUCAGGGUCGAAAGCUACUGCCGCCUCAUGCUCGACCUGCAAGACCUCCGCCGUUGACGCAACGGAAGAGUUAUAGUCAUGCCCACUCCAACUCCACCCCUCAGCCAUCUCCAAAGAGACUAACGAGUUCGGGGUCCACGAAGGCCGGAGCGGAGUACCUGUACUCGAGGGACGACGACGAGGAAUCGGGCAUGGCGAGUUUCUUGCAGUUCUGCACCACCUGCGAGAAGCAGAUACUCACUCCUGACUCGAGUAUCUUGUAUUGCUCAGAAGCCUGCCGCCGGAGAGACUCCCGGCCGACCUCACUCCAAGAGAUUCAGAGCAUACAACAGUCGAUUCAGUCACCGCCUCCGCUGUCCUCCACCAACUCUUACUUCGACCAACCGAUUCCCGAGAUUGUUCCUCAGCGAUCACCUACUGUCCUGCGCCCCAUGUCCAGGACAUUCUCCGACUUCUCAAUUGCCGACCUGAACGACUCUUCAUCGGACGUCAGCCACGAGAGCGAGGCUUCGGACCACCACGAUCAUUUGACGCUCAAGCAACAUCGGCCUAGAACGAAGCGUUCAUCUACGACAAGCACCGGUGCUCGUAGUCGCGGCGAUAGCAGCACCAAUUUGCCUUCGCUUUCGCACUCUCCAGGAUCCUCGUAUGGCACUGUCGCAUCAAUGGCCUCGAUUCGUCCGGUCAUGAGGCACAACCCUUUCUCGACCACAUCCAACAGGAAGAGCGUCGAGUUGGUAAUUCCAUACCCAAUCGAAAGCACCAGCCCCACUCAACUUUUGAAGGACGCUAGUCUGAAGAGCAGUGCUAGCACUCUGACACAGUUCAGAGUUGCCGAAGCAAACACUCUCAGCUACGAGGCACCGUCGCCCGGGUCGAGGAGACAUUCGAGAGAAAGAGCAGACCACUCAUUGAAACAAUUGUUCAGCCACGAUGCCAUGAAGGCGAAUCCAAGGCACAACUGAAGAUGAAAGAGACAUGUUGGAGGAAUACAUGGGCAUACAUUAUACAUGAUAGACUGCUUCUUCUGACCUUGUAUAUUCAGCGAAGGAGGUUGGGGGUAUACUGGCGCAAUUUGGGACGGAUCUAGAACAAAAGUGAUUUUUUUGGAGGGCGUUGCGGGAGAGGCGGAAAUCUAGUACCCUCUGUAUCUGGGCUGGGAGGAUAACUGUGUUGGGUACGAUACCCGUAGGCUCUCCAACGAGCCUACUUUUAUGGUGUCUGAGCUGACGAUGGUCCUCAAUGAGAGGCCUGGAGACGUCAACUCCUUUACGUACAUCAUUCGAAUGUAUUGCCGCCGAG